CAUGACUUUGCAUCUAAAGUUACUUUCAUUUGGUGAAACGGUUCUCCCUGCUAUGGACAUAACUUCGUUGAAUGAGUCUGACCUGAAUGAUCCAACAAAGGAUUGGUACUUAGAUUUCAGAAAAUAUGCAAAAGUCAAACAAGGAAUAUCAUUCGAUGGUCUGAUGCCAAGAGCGAAUAAAACACCGUACUUUACUUUCUCGACAUAUCCCGAGGACAUACAGUUCCGCCUGACAAACACCAAGGCAGCGUUCAUGAAGCAAUUCAAGACAAUAGAAACUGAUGCAACGAUGAAGAAGUUCUUAUUUGUCUUCAAAGGAGAUUUUACAACGUUAUUUGGGGAUGAAUCCAUCGAGAUGGAGUUAAAGAAGUGCUUCAAGGAAAAAUCUAAACAAAGGAAAAUGGUUUUAAAGCUGAUAAAGAAAGAGUUGAACGAGGAUUUCGUGAAACAUUCCUGUAUAAAGAAGAUAUACGAUGCAAAAUACAAAAAGGAAAUCAUCGAAAAGGAUUCGUUUCACGUGAAAAAAGAACUUUAUCGUCUCCCAAGUGUGGUCAUCAAUAACCUUCUUCACCUUUUGAAAAGCAACACGACCUGCGUAUGGGAAAUCACAAAACUCUCUGGAGUGAACAAGGAGAACACACAUCAUUUGAAGAUGACGUUAUCAACGGCCGCUGAACUACGCUUGAGAUGUUACGCCCAAAACAAUGGUCAAGUGGAUGAAGACAAGGGCCACUUUCUACCAGAUAUCCUUGUUGGAAAGGGUAUUGAUAAAAAGAUUUUUAGUAAGCAACUCAUUCUACGCUACUUCCUGACGGCUAUCCCAUUGGUAAAUGUUAUGGAAGAAGCAAGACCCGAAGAAGAUGAUGUCCUGAUGUCUUUAGGGGAUGUGAGUGGAGAUGUAGAUGGUGAAACCUUGAGAGCUGAUGAUGUAGAAGAAGAAGGCAAAGAUGUGCUAAGAUCUCUAAAAUAUGCAAAUCUGUACGAAGCCUCUGACUUGAAUAAAGCAAUGGCCAACAUUCUGAUGAACGACACAAGCGCAGCGAAGGAGUGCAUGAAAAGAGCGAACGAACUCAGUUCAAAAAUAAACAGCUCACCAACACAAAUGAUCAUGUACAUUCUCUGCAAUACAUACAUAAAGGAUGACGUUAUCAGCAAACCAUUCUUUGACAGCCUGAAGCAUCAAGCACUUGAGACGGAUGGGUUGGACAUCGGUGUAAAGAAUACAUUGGGCAAUGCCUUGAUACAGAAAGGAGAUGUCGAAGAAGCCACCGAAGUACUUGAGAAAACGGUAGAUGAAUCCAAAGAUAAAAGGAAAAUAACAUCACUAGCACUCUUGAAAGUUGCAUAUGAAAAAGGGGGAAAUGAAGGAAAACUUCAGGAAAUUCGUGACGAACAUCCGGAAAUCGAUGUGAUACAGAGUUUGAUGAAUAAGAUCAGCGACUCAAAGGAGAAUGAAGAACUGGUCGAGAAAAUGGCACGAGAGAGUCAGCAACUGAAGAAGGAUCUGUUUGAAGCCCAGGGCGUGAUCACAGCACUGAGAAGGGAAAGUGAGGAGGCUGAGAGAAAAAUUGAAGAGCAAGCAGAUAAAAUAAUGGAAAUGAAGAGAUCGGCGGAUGAGGUCAGUCCUGCUCAUUUAGAUGCCAUUACUUCCUAUAUCAGAAGUUUAAGCAUGCAAUAUACUGAACAAGAAUAGAAACAGUUCAGAAAGAGACUGCUACAAACAAUAAAGGACUAAACGAAAAUAACUGUUCCAGGCAUCCAUAUGCAAGCAGGCAAACCUGACUUACAACUCAGCUGGGUGGCAUUUACAGAUACACAUACACUGUAUAUUACUAUAAACUUUCUACCAAAAAAGGAAAAUAGAGCUCUAGAUCACAGUGUUCAAGACUGUCGGCUAACGGAUUAACUUACCAUUUUAUGACCAACUCAUUUAAAUGUGAAUGGAAUAGUGGCAGGUACUAUACAUAUAAAUGAGUUAUAGUCAUUAAUAAUGUAUUAGUCGUAGGUUUUAUCAAAACUGGGCAGACAUUUAAUUUGACAGGUGAUGUACAUAAUGCAACAUAUUUUGCGACCAAUGUUUUCGAGAAAUUGUUAAAAUUGUUUAAAAUUGGCUAAAAGGGUGAAUGCUGCAUGAAUAUCGUUUUAUAUUUUAAGAAAUAUCUUCUUCAUGCCAACUAAAGAAUUGUAACCUGGGCAGUUCUAGCUAACUGAAAACCAAAAAUCAAAGAUAUGACUACCAUUUGAUUAUCACUUAGCAUAGCAUAUGUGGUUCUUUGAGAUUUGAUAUUGGUAUGAACAGUUCAAACAUGAGCCAAUAAAUAUCUUAUUUCCUUUUUUUCAAUUAUAAAAUGUGCUAAACUAAGGUGAACUACGAUUUGCUAGAUUGUGCAAGGUCUUAAAAUGUCUAUAGAAAUGAAACUUAUUUAUUUAAUAGUAAGCAAAUAAUUGUAUUGGAAUUUGUAUUUGCACUGAGAAACGUUUUUAUAUACAUACAAUAAAAUUGUAAUACAA